CCUCUGAGCCCCCGGGCGAGCCUAUCCAACUGAGCAUCUUGUCAAACAGGCCGCUCACAAUCGCGUAAUAACAGGGGAUUAACCCACGUGUCCCCGUGGUCUGGUGUUGUGACGGUGGCUUGUCAUGUUUUUGUUGUUGUUGAAUGGAUUGUGGAUUCUGGUUUGUCCCUGUGGAGGUGUUGUGGUCAGGCCACCAUCUGUCCCGUGUGAGCUCUCCUCACACAACAUGUCAGUGUCACCCCCCUCACAACGCCGCUCUAGCUGCUCCUCCUCAGCCCACACGUGACCUGAGGUCCUCAGGUAAUGUUACCUGUCUGGUACAAUGGUUGGUGGACUUCUGCAGGUUGACUCUGCACGUUUUGGGAAAAGCCCGACUUGGCCUGAAUUGAGACGACAUGAGAUGUUGAAGUGGUAAAAAUGAACAAACCCAAAAUGGCCACAGAGAAGGGCGUUCCCAGUAACUCCAGAGUACUGAUGCUCCUGGGCCAACUGGAGAGGAUGAAUGGGGAGGCCAUGAUGAGGGAUGUUGAAACGGCGAGACAGGUCACUGCAAAGAUAUUUCAUCUCAUACAGACACAAGGUGAGAGCAAACACACACAAAAUGACAAUGCACUCUACUGUACUUUUCAUAGACGUGUGUGUGCGUGCGUGCGUGCGUGCGUGCGUGCCUGUGCCUGUGCCUGGCUGCCUGCAGGUAAUCGCACAUACUGCUGGAUCGAUCAGCCCCAUAUUUACUAAACUAUUUUAUUGACUGUUUAUUGAGUACUGACUUAACACGCCACCAUCUUGACUGUAAAGGGAGCUGGAAAUAACAAUUGAGUGAGAUUUAACUUUUGUGGCGAGGGAGACACAGCUGGUGGAGUUAUGUACUUGUUUCCAGUGUAACUGUCAUGUAAAUAGAGAAGGUCGGUGCACCGGUAGUCAAAGUGUGGAUGGAUUGUUACAGUGUCUCCAGAUCUGGUUCUCUGAUUUCUCUUUUGAAAGGAGAGUAGAGAAGAAGAAGAAGAAGAAGAAGGCCCUGUGCCGUGUCGCUGUGUAGAACAGACUGAAACAGGAGUGUGUCUCUGGUUCCCCUCACACACUCCACGGAGCUGCGAUUAACAGACAUAUCUAAUGCAAGCAUCACUAGUGCUUUACCAAAUUGUUGAUUCAGGUAUUUGUCAAACUGACAUACAAUUGAACAGUUAUGAUAAUUGUUAAUGUCAUUUUUAAAGCUAAAGUGGCAACUUACAACCCUUUACGUGUUAGGAUUUGCUGCUUUUCUGUAUGUUAUAUCAUUGUAAAAAUGAGCAUCUUUGUAUAUUUUUGUUGGUUGUACAAGACCAGCAAUUUGAAGACUUUGAAGAAUUUUAUUUCUAUUUUGGGACAUUCCAUAGACUAAAUGAUUCAUCGGGUAAUUAAAAAAUACAUCAAAUAUUGACGAUGAAGAUGAAUCGAUAAUGAAAAUAGUUGAUUACUUGCAGCCAUUACUUAAGACGAGUGUUCCCACAACACUACAGAUGUGAACUGUUUAAGAUAACCGAUAGAAUUCUAAAUAAUUUUUUCUAUUGUGGAUUUUCCUGAGUGAUAAUAACUUGUAAUCGAGCUGAGUUCAGCUGAAUCAUCACCUAUUCUUGCUGGUAUACUUUGAACGUCUUCACUAUUGCUGUUCAUGAAUUUCAUCUUUCCACUUCCCAUAAUUUAUUGCUUCCACUUCAAAGCAAGCUUGUGGUUAAUCCAUCAUGACUGUUGCACACAGUGGAAAGGCUCCCGUCUGUGACCCCGCCACUCAUGAUACCUCAGCUGUUCCUCUCAUCUCCUCCGCGGCUGUCUGUCACACCCCGCCUACAGCCUCAACUUGAAAUGUGCAUGUGUGUGUGACGAUGGUUCGGGGGAAGGAGGGGGUCUGUGACCCUGGUCACAGUAACUGUACACCUCAAGAAGGACUUUGCUGUACUCUUGUCUCAUGUUCAGAGUUGUUGUAGCAGGAGGCUGUCGAGAGAUUCCAAGAGAAAGAACAAGAAUGAAAGGAAAAGCCGGGAGUUGAACGUUGACUAAAAUCUGUCAUCGAGGCGACAGUUCUCCGUUUUCUCUCUUUAUUUGCUGUCAGAAAUUCAGUCUCUGUUUUUAUUUGGAAAUAUAGCAGCGCUCCCUUUCCAUGCAGUCUUGAGAAAGUGAGGAGGUGCUUUCCCCCAAGGUCAGUGUGUUGGUACGUAGUCGCAGGUUCGACCCGAGGAGCAGUCUACCUCCAGCCUUCGAGGGAGAGAGAGAUAACAGGAAAGGUUUCUCAGGGCCUUUCAAGGGACUAUCAAACUCUGAGGUGUUUGAUUGACAGCAGACCUGCACAACUCGUACGACUCCAGAGGCAGUGAACCUGGGAUUUUGCAGUACAUCUUUUCACCCACAUCUUUGGUGAACUUUGAGACCCUUGUUAUGAAAUGGCGUACCGCUACACCAAGAGAUACUCCCAAUCCGUGGUCUCCCCAGACCCACCAGAGAAGAGUGGAAAAGAGGUGAUGUCCAAAGGCUCCAGUGGCAUGGAGGUCAUCCUGGCUUCACUGGAGAGCACCAGAGACGUCCAGACCACUCUGAACAUUUUGUACAUUCUCAGUGAGCUGCUGACUGUGGGCAGAGGUCGCAGGGUCGGAGUAUUUGUGUCUAAAGGAGGAACGGGAAUAUUAUUCCAGAUUCUGAUCACUACGAGUAAAGAGUUGCCUCCCAGUGAAGAACUCAUGCUGCAGCUUCACUCGCUGCUCGCCAAGGUCGGCCCAAAAGACAGAAAGUUUGGGGUGAAGGCGCGUUUGAGCGGCGCGCUGAACGCCACCGUCAACUUAACGAAACAGAACCUACAGAAUACCAAACUGCUUCUGCCCUGCCUGCAGGUUCUCAGGGUUUACUCCACCAACUCGGUGAAUGCUAUUUCUUUGGGCAAGAACGGAGUGGUGGAGCUCAUGUUCAAGAUUGUGGUGCCGUUCAGCAAGAAGAACACCAGCCUGCUUAAGGUCGCUCUGGAUGCACUGGGAGCGCUGCUCAAAUCCAAGACGAAUGCUCGCCGUGCAGUGGAUGCUGGACAUGUGCAUGUCUUGCUGGCUCUGUACCAGGACUGGCAUCACAAUGACACGCGGCAUCGCCACAUGCUGAUUCGCAAAGGGCUGCUGGUCUGCCUCAGGAACAUCACCAACAUCAAGCUCGGCAGGAAAGCAUUCAUAGAUGCUGACGGCAUGAGGAUCCUCUACUACUCAUCCACUGAGUGUCUCCCGGUGCGGACUCUGGAUCCACUCGUCAACACUUCGAGUCUCAUCAUGAGGAAGUGUUUUCCUAAGAACCGUCUGCCUCUGCCCACCAUCAAAUCAGCCUUCCAUUACCAGCUGCCACAUGUACCUGCUGUAGGGCCUGUGGCGCAGCUGUACAGCCAGCCACUUGGGGGAAGAAAGAUUCAUCAGCUCUGUGACAGGCCCUUAAAGAAGGUGGAUGAUGUGGUGGAUGAAAGUGACGAUAACGAGGAGACGGACGCGGACACAGAGAACGAUACUGACAACGAAGAGGACGAGAAGGAUCAACACACUGCGAAUGAGGACAUCGAGACAGACCUAAACAAGCUACAUCCCAAAAAGAACCCCGGACGUCCAUUCGAGGAGUUGAAGGUCUACGAGAGGUUUUUCUUGGAGCUUUCUGAAGACUUCCAGGGUUAUAACUUUGAACCAUCGAAGAGUGCCUCUACCACAUCGUCAUCUUUCUCCUCAACUCGAGCCACUCGGCCAAUCAUAGUGCCAACAGCUCAGGCCCUGUCCCCCAAGCACGUCCCUAUAACGAGCUGUCAGGAGGAUUGCAACCCUACCAAAGCAGAACGCGCCCCGCCUUCACCCUCUGUGCCCACUCCUGCACCUCCUGCUUCUCUGACGCCUCUAGAACUGGACACCAUCCACCUCACCAAGGACCAGGACCGAAAAGAGGAGGCCCGCAUUCCUUCCCCCGACACACAUACAACAUUGUCCUCCCUCACCAGGCCUCCUUCUCAAGCGCAGACGAUAGAGCAGGAUCUAGCACACGUGUUGGAGUGUGUCUCUCUAGAAGCGGAGGGGGCUCUGAACACAGAGGGAGUCAAACAAGACGGAUCCCCAGUCAAUGCCACGAGGCACAUCCAGUCCCCACUGCUCCUGGGGGGCAUCGCUACUCGCCGUGUGGGAGGAGGAGGAGGCAGUAACUGGGGUUCAGAUUGUGGCUCAGAGGGAACCGAGGAUGAGGGAGGGGAAGGAGCCGUUCUGGAGGUGCCAGACACGGCGCUGCUCCUCCCGCUUCAUGACCCCGACCUUUACGUGGAGAUGGUGAAGGGAACGCACUCCGUGCCCCAGUACGCUGAAGUAGCGUACCCAGACUACUUUGGCCAUAUAGCCCCAACAUUUAGGGAGCCUCUCCAGGAGAGAGUGUAUGGUGUUCAGAGGUCUAAAAUAUUCCAGGAUAUUGAGAGGUUAAUUCAUCCCAAUGAUAUCGUGGAUAAAGUAGUCUAUGACUUGGACAUUCCCAGUUGUCCAGUGAUUGAAGACAAUGGCGAAUCACUGAAGUUCAACUCUCAGUUUGAGUCUGGCAACCUCAGGAAGGCAGUUCAAAUGAGGAAAUAUGAGUAUGACCUUGUGCUGAAUUCAGAUAUCAACAGUAAUCACUACCACCAGUGGUUCUACUUCGAGGUGAGCGGCAUGCGCGUUGGAACCACCUACCGCUUCAACAUCAUCAACUCCGAGAAGUCAAACAGCCAGUUCAACUACGGCAUGCAGGUGCUGAUGUACUCUGUGCAGGAGGCGAUCAGUGGCAGGCCUCGCUGGGUCAGAACAGGAACAGACAUCUGUUACUACAAGAAUCACUUUGCUAGGAGUUCCAUUGCAGCGGGUGGUCAGAAAGGAAAGUCCUAUUAUACAAUGACCUUCAGCACAAGCUUCAGCCAUAAGGACGAUGUCUGCUACUUUGCCUAUCAUUACCCGUAUACAUACUCCACUCUUAAGAUGCACCUGUCCAAACUGGAGGCUUUGAGGACCCCCCAGAUCUACCUGAGACGGGACGUCCUCUGUGAAACUCUGGGGGGAAACAGCUGCCCCCUUCUCACCAUCACUGCCAUGCCAGAGUCCAACUCUAAUGAUCACAUCUGUCAGUUUAGGAAUCGUCCAUUGAUCUUCCUGUCGGCCAGAGUGCACCCUGGAGAGACCAACGCCAGCUGGGUAAUGAAGGGCACGCUGGAGUUCCUGAUGGGCACCAGCCCACUGGCAGCCAGCCUGAGAGAGGCCUACAUCUUCAAGAUAGUCCCCAUGCUCAACCCAGAUGGAGUUGUAAAUGGAAAGGUUCUCCAGCUUUUGCUUUGUUCUCCUUCACUCUGUAUCCUCCUCCUCUUCUGCUGUAGUCAUCGUUGUUCUCUGAGUGGAGAGGAUUUGAAUCGCCAGUGGCAGAACCCCAAUCCUGAGCUCCACCCCACCAUCUACCACACUAAGAGCCUGCUGCAGUACCUUGCACACAUACAAAGGGCACCACUGGUGUUCUGCGACUACCACGGUCAUUCCAGGAAGAAGAAUGUGUUCAUGUACGGCUGCAGCGUGAAGGAGACCGUCUGGCAGUCCAAUAUCAGCGCUACGUCCAGUGACUUACAUGAGGACCUUGGAUACAGAGCCCUUCCAAAGAUCCUGUCCCAGAUCGCCCCGGCCUUCAGCAUGGCCAGCUGUAGUUUUGUUGUGGAGCGCUCCAAAGAGUCAACGGCCCGUGUUGUUGUAUGGAGAGAGAUAGGAGUGCAGCGCAGCUACACCAUGGAGAGCACGCUGUGUGGUUGUGACCAGGGAAAAUAUAAGGGUCUUCAGAUUGGCACCAGAGAGCUGGAGGAGAUGGGAGCUCAGUUCUGUGUGGCCCUGCUGAGGCUGAAGAGGCUGACGGGGAUCCGCAAUCACCAACACCUGCUGGAUUUAGAGAGCGACAUCAUCGGGACGCAGUCUAAAGUGGUCAGCAGCAGCCCCACCACCUACGUGGUGGAGGAGGAUGAGCCGUCCUUUCUGGAGGAGAUAGACUACAGCGCGGAGAGCAACGACGAGGACGCCGAGCCUGAAAUCGAGCACGGCAUCGAAGUCCAAGAGAACGCCAAUCACCUCGAUCGGCUGUCGGACUGCGAGACGAACCACAAGGACUAGCGCUGCGGCGUUAUUCCCCACCUGGCAGCCGGUGCUCGGAUUGUCAGCUGAUCUCAAAUUAGAUAUUCACAGGUGAAAUAUUCAGAACACACGUUUCACUUUGUGAAUAAAUAGCUUAGAUUUACACCUUAUAUAGACACUUUACGAUGCUACGUAGGCUACAUUAAGGUGCUCCUUUCCCAGAUGGAUUGAUCUGUUGUGCCCAGUGGAGCCCACUGUGUUGCUCAAUGAAUGUUCUCACCUUUCACCGUCAUCCUAUAACCUUCAUGGACUGUAACCCCUGACCUCAGACACCAUAUAGCCUCUGAGAUUCCCUUAUAGCUAGUCUGAGUAGCAAACAGCAGGCACCGCCGAUCCUUAACUGGAACCCUUGUCCGCUUGCUCAUUUAUCACAGCCAAUCUUACACUGAAGCUACCUGACCAGGCUGUGGUAGUGUAAUAGAGCCAGUGGCUUCUGACAGGUACUGUUUUUUUAAACUCUUCUCACACAUCACCCUGUGUUUGGUUAAAAACUCCUGGAUCUCCCUCACUGACCAGCUUAAAGAUCCAAUCCUUUCUUUGGUCUCACCUGUACUUCCUUUUAGUGGCACUUCCUUGUGUCUUUCCUUGCUUUGCCUCCUCCCUUCCAUUUCUCUCUGACUCGGUAGUGGUGUCUAAACGGGAUGCAGGGAUGACCAAACAGCUCUAUCACAGCUGCAGGUCGACGUCCGUCAUCCCGAAAAACCUACUCCGAUGUAACGCCACUUGAGCUGUGACCUCACUUCCUCCAUUCACCCUUCUUCCCUCUUCGGCCACAGUGCUCGUGGUCGGAUUAUCUAUGUGCUGUUUGCCUUGCUUUUAUCCAGAACUGAAACUAUUUAUAUUACUCAAAUGUAAAAUGUUCACGUCUUUAUCAAGACAAACCGUGUACUAUAAAAGAAAACUAACUAACAGGCCUGGUUUGAGAUUCCAGGCUCACGUAAAGCAUUAAAAACAUGAAAAACAUGAAAAUGGAAUGUAAAAUAUCCACAUGCACUGUUGGUGUUUUCAUUGUUUUUAAUAUUAGACAGUAUUAAAGUGAAAAAGCAGUAACGAACACGACGCAUGAGCUUCAGAGCGCAGAAAACCCUUUUGCACUUUGGAUGCAACACAGAGAAAAAGUGAAUCACAACACGUCUCAGCUUCAGCCUCCUCGUUACUUUGAAGUUCUCAGUCCAGUCCAAAGCUAGUGGUGACAUUGCUGUGAUGUUUUUAAGAUUCUACUGGAAUUUAGUUUCCUUUUUAUCCGUUCCUGAGAUCUCUGUGUACAUUUUGUGGCUCAGCUGAGGAGACACCCAUGCAUUAACACAGAUGGUGCUUUGUAUUGAGAGUAAAACGUUGACUUUCUGUCCUUGUUCACGGAGAUGAGGUACUUUUUCUGUUGCAUUUGUACAGCUAGCGCAUGGCUAUUUUCUGUGGUUUUUAUUCUGUAAUUUAUUACAUAUUGUUAUCUGGGAUGCAAACCUGUAUGUAUAUGAUGCAUUUUAAGUGUAUGAGUGCAAGUGUGUGCGCAGGACUUAAGUUAUUCCAUUAUUCAGCUCGGCUAAUGCUCUUACAGUGUGUUUCUUCAUUCAAUUUGAUUAUCUUUUCUCGCUCUCCCCCCCCCCCCCCAUGUUCUCUCUCUCUCCUUCCCUUCUCACCUCCUUCAUUCCCUAAUUUUCUAUCCUUCUCUUGGCUCUACUUACUUUCAGUUUUCAUUCAUUAACAACUUACACACCCAGGGAGUGUGAAUGAACGUCCCUCUGAGAAUUGUGUAUGCUGUCAUAUUUAUGUUUGUCCUUUGCAGUUUAUGUCGGGCUUCUUUUGUUUUAUGUUUGUAUCGAGGAAAACAAGUGAUAGCGAUUUCAUUUGAAGUUCACGCAACGCAGAAAAUGAAGAUACGGGAAAUAAAAUGUGAAUGUCGUAAA